UCUUCUGUUUUAUUUUGCGUAUAAUAACCAUAAUCAUUACUACAAAACAAAUCAAGCUAAUCCAAAAUAAAUGAAGAAGCAGCCAAAUUAGCCAUACACGAUCUUUUCAUCACUCAAAACUUACCAAUGCAUGCGCCAUUACUUUUCCAAUAUUCAUCCAAAAGGGAAAUGAAAGAUACAACAAUAUAUAUUCUGAAGAAGAGACGUAGCUGAAAAUUCUUCUCUCAACUUUAUAUAACUAGAGCCAAAGUUUGACCAUCCUCAACUCACUUUUGCCAUUGAUGCACCUCAUAAUUCACCAAUCAUGCCACUAGUUUAUACCAGCUAAAUCAUUUUAUAAUCAUAUACUGAUUAAACUCUUCGCAGAGUGCUGUACUUCAGUCCUGCGUAUGCUAAAACCCAAACUACAAACUACAAACUUUCUAUAUAAUAUCUGCAUUUUAAACAUGUAUUUUUCUUUUUAGAUAAUUCUGUUUAAAUGUGAAUAGUUUUCACAAUCGAAUUCAAAUACUAGUUAGCUGCUCUUUCUGGUGGACCUAACCAAAGUUGUGUAUGUAUCUUGAUGUAACCCUUCAUUAUGAUAGACCCCUUGUUUUGCUAUAAAUAUGUUUCAAGGAUUCACACAAAGUAAAUAUAUCAUAAAAUCUAGGUUCCCUCCGUUUUUCCUCUCUACCUUUCCAUUCCAGAACUCAUUAGUUAAUACCAUCUUAAUCUAGCACAACAGCAUAUAGAAACCUACCUUAUUCUUCAACCACUUCUUCUCCACCGUUUCUCAUUUCACUCUACUUUAAACUCCAUGCACGUCACGUCCUCACAUAGCCACAUGAAAGCUGAGCUUAAGGGCACGUCCAUUUCCUUUCAAAACCCUAAUACACUCUUUAACACACCUCAGAACCCUCUCUCGGGAGCACUCAAAGGGUGUCUGGGAAGCCUGGAUGGAGCUUGUAUUGAGAAGCUCUUGCUCCACUGUGCCAGCGCUUUGGAGAGCAACGACAUCACCUUGGCUCAACAAGUCAUGUGGGUGCUCAACAACGUUGCUUCUCCUGUGGGGGACACCAACCAAAGACUCACCUCGUGGUUUCUCAGAGCAUUAAUCUCUAGGGCUUCAAGAAUUUGCCCUACUGCCAUGAGUUUCAAAGGAAGCAACACCAUUCAAAGGAGGCUUAUGAGCGUCACCGAGCUGGCCGGGUAUGUGGAUCUCAUUCCUUGGCAUAGAUUUGGGUAUUGUGCAUCCAAUAAUGAAAUUUUCAAAGCAAUAACGGGGUACCAAAGAGUACAUAUUCUAGAUUUUAGUAUAACCCAUUGUAUGCAAUGGCCUACUUUUAUAGAUGCAUUGGCCAAAAACCCUGAAGGACCUCCUUCACUCAGAAUCACAGUUCCGUUUUGUAGACCACACGUACCCCCUCUGGUCAAUGUAUCUAUACAUGAGGUUGGUUUACGUUUAGGGAAUUUCGCCAAGUUCAGAGAUGUCCCUUUUGAAUUCAACGUUAUAGGAAACACAGGACCGUUAACACCUGUGGAAUUGAGCGAUGAAUCAUCUAACUUUCAUUUUGAAGCAAUGUUAAGUCUCUUGAAUCCUACUACGCUAAACCUUAGGGACGAUGAAGCUUUGGUCAUAAAUUGCCAAAAUUGGCUGCGCUAUUUGUCUGAUGAUAGAAAGGGAAGCCGCCAAAGUCUUUCCCUUAGGGAUGCUUUUUUAAAUCUAAUAAAAGGUCUUAACCCCCGGAUUGUGCUCUUGGUUGACGAAGAUUGUGACCUUAGUGCAUCUAGUCUCACGUCAAGAAUCACCACAUGUUUCAACCAUCUUUGGAUACCCUUUGACGCAUUGGAGACCUUUUUGCCUAAAGAUAGUGGUCAGAGGGCAGAGUUUGAAUCCGACAUAGGCCAGAAGAUUGAAAACAUCAUAAGCUUUGAAGGGCACCAAAGAAUCGAGAGGUUGGAGUGUGGGGUGCAAAUGUCCCAAAGAAUGAAAAAUGUUGGUUACCUCAGUGUUCCAUUUUGUGAUGAAACUAUUAGGGAAGUUAAAGGUUUGUUAGAUGAGCAUGCCAGUGGGUGGGGGAUGAAAAGAGAAGAAGGUAUGCUAGUUCUCACAUGGAAAGGAAACAGCUGUGUCUUUGCGACAGCUUGGGUCCCCUGUGAAAUAAGGGAUGCAAGUCUGCCUUAAACACACUUCAUGAGAGGCAAGUUUGGACCUACCAUGGGGGAAUUGAUUCCAAUUGCUUAAUUCAGUGGUCCAAAAUAUGAGACAGAGAGGAAUUUCAUCUCUUUCUCAUAGGGUUGAAAUUCAUCUCCAAAAGACAACUAGAAAAAACGGCUGCUUUUUGAGCAUUAUUUGUGGCAACUUUGUUAUGGAGCACAAUACGUUGGAUCACAUGAAAGGCAAAAGGGAAAAAAAUGUGUACGCUGUCCUUCUUGUAUGAGACAAAUUUGUCUCUUUCUUAUUGCUUCUCUUUUAUGCAGCUUUAACUUGUUUCUGCUCAGAGCUCUGGGUAUAAGAAAAAAGAACUUGUUGUAAGAAAA